AUGUCAGACCCAAUCCUCCUCGAAGUCAAGAAGAAUGUCGCGCUCAUAACCCUCAACCAGCCCAAGAAGCUCAACGCCCUCUCGGGCACCCUCUACUACGAGCUCGCCCAGCUCAUGCGUAAAGUCGCCGACAUGCCCGACGUCACGGUGACGGUGCUGACGGGGACGGGGAGAUACUUCUCGGCCGGUGCCGAUGUUGCGGUGAAUGUGGCGGAUGGAGCGCCGGCGAAGGAUGAGGACGAGCGGAAGUACUAUCUGCGACGUUUCGCCGCGAAUAACUUGGAGGUGGCCAAGGCCUUCUACGAGCACCCAAAGAUCCUCGUCGGCGCACUUAACGGCCCCGCCGUCGAAAACACCUUCAUCCUCACCCCCUUCACCUCCCUCGGCCUCGUCGCUGAAGGUAUCGCCUCAACAAUGUUCGUCCGCCGUCUCGGCUUCGCAAAAGCCAGCGAGGCCCUCCUCCUGUCCAAGCGCAUCAGCGCCCCCGAGCUCGUGGCCUGCGGCUUCAUCAACAAGCUCUUCCCCGCCGAGGGCUUCCGCGAGCGCGUGCUCGAGUUUGUGGACGACGUGAUGGGUGCGCACCUUAACCAUGAGAGUAUGCUGGGCGUGAAGGCGCUUAUGAGGGAGCCAUGGAGGGAUGAGAUAGAGAAGGCGGGGGUUAGGGAGGCGUUUGCAGGGUUGGAUAGGUUUGUGCAGGGCGCGCCGCAGAAGGAGUUUGCGAGGUUGGCGAGUGGGGAGAAGAGACAUAAGUUGUAG